UACCUGCCUUUUCUCUUCUUCUAUCUUCCUUGCCUAUGCAUUGGAAGAGAAGGAGAAAUCAGAAAUCAUGGAGCUAGGCUUGAGCUUAGGAGACACUUCAAGGCCUUUCGUGUUCAUAGAAAGGCCUUGUAAAGCUUCAAACGAAUUGGGGCUAGGCUUCAACACCACCUUAUCAAUUGGUCAAGUUAUUACUAAACAAAGAGAUCAUCAACAUCAAGAACAAGAUGAAACAACUGCAAAGCAAAAUAACAAACACAAUAGUCACAGCACUGAUCAAGAAGGCCAUGAAGCCACAAAUGAAUACCUUACUCCUUCUCUCAAAGCCAAUAACAACGCAGUUCUACCGCUUGAUCUUCUUCCUCACACACCGGCUGUUGCUCCUAUCAACCAUCCUCCACACCUUUCCAUCUCAAACGCAAGGGGCUUAGAUAUUAACCGGGUGCCGACUGUGGCGGCGGUGGAAGUGGACGAUGAGGCGGAGGAAGAGGUGGUGUUGUCAUCAUCCCCCAACAGUGCAGCAUCAUCAAUUCAGAUGGAUCUCUGCAUAUUCAGCAGAGGAAGGAGUAUGAGUGGUGAAGGUUAUGAUCAAAGGGGAAGUUCCAAAGCAAGUGAUGAAGAUGAGAACGGUGGCAGCACCAGAAAAAAGCUUAGGCUCUCUAAGGAACAAUCUGCUUUCCUUGAAGAGAACUUCAAAGAACACAACACUCUUAACCCAAAACAAAAGCUUGCUCUUGCGAAACAACUCCAUCUUCGCCCUCGCCAAGUAGAAGUAUGGUUUCAAAACAGAAGAGCAAGGACCAAGUUGAAGCAGACAGAGGUGGAUUGCGAGUACUUGAAGAGGUGUUGUGACACACUUAGAGAAGAGAAUAGAAGGAUUCACAAGGAGAUUCAAGAAUUGAGGGCUUUGAAGACUUCAAACCCAUUCUAUAUGCAGUUACCACCAACCACCUUGACCAUGUGCCCAUCAUGUGAGCGUGUUGCCACUAAUUGCACUGCCAAAACCACUAAUGAAUCAACCUCCAAAACCAUUGGAUUCCCUGUUGGCAAACCCAGGUUUUAUCCAUUUUCUCACACCCAACCACAUACCCACCCCACCAGUCCACAGCAUCUUGAAUUAAAUUAAAUUAAAUUAUGUUAAAGGUACUUCAAGAUGAGUAAUGAGUGCUGCUGCAAGGUGGUGUGGGGCUUGAUGCUUGGAAAUUCUUUUGAUUUUGUACAUAGGGAAGUUCUGAGACAAUGAGAGAUUUUGUUAAUCAGGAGGAAUUCUAACAUUUGGGUUUUGUUUUUUUUCUAGUUUUAAUAUCUCUGCUCAUAUCUUGUUUCUGAUGU